AUGGAUCCCCCGGUGUUUAACUGGCUUUCCACGUUGUGGGUCGCUUUCUUGAACGCGGGGAUGAUCAUAUUCUUUCAACGCGCGUACCAGUCGUGGAAUGAUGGCGAUAUGUACGGCUCCUUGGUUGAUACGUUCACCGCGCUUAUUUUUACCCAAGCGUACCUCAAGUUCCUCCGCGUUUACAUUAUGGUAGCCCUCGAUCCCUCCAUCCUUUAUGCCUUCAAUUUCUUCAACCACCCCCGUGGCCCUCCUCCUGGUUCUGGCUCCAACCCCAGUGGACAGCGAUCUCAGCCCACUGAACAGUUUCCUAAUCAUCCACCGCGCAACCCUGGGCGUGGAGGGUCCUCGACUUCCCGGUCUUCUAACUCUUCCACUUCCACUGGCUCUCGUCGCUUUAAUUUAGCACUCUUGAUGGUGAUCGUGCUAACGGCCAUCAUGUAUCUUCAGUUUGUCUCAUCGCGCGGCAAUGAAUACUUUUGCGAAAUCGACGAGGACUACCUGACCGAUCGGUUCAACCUCACUGGUCUGAACACUGAAGUUUCGUACUAUCAAUACGCUCUUGAUCUUGUGACCGACGUUUUCGAUCUUGAUGCUGACGACGAUCUGCGUGAGCAAAUUGAAAAGUCUGCCCGCCACCUUUAUGGCUUGGUUCAUGCUCGAUACAUCGUUACCACUCGUGGUCUUGCUAAAAUGCUCGAGAAGUACAAGAAGAGUGACUUCGGAAAGUGUCCUCGUGUGAUGUGUGAUGGACACGCGCUGCUUCCUCUUGGCGAGUCAGAUCUUCCGAACAUCAGCACCGUCAAGCUGUACUGCCCCAAGUGCGAAGAUAUCUACAACCCCAAAUCCUCUCGUCACUCGUCCAUCGACGGCGCAUACUUCGGUACCUCGUUCCACUCCAUCCUAUUCCAGGUUUACCCGGCCCUGAAUCCUGAGAAGAGCAGCCGUCGUUACGAACCCCGCAUCUACGGGUUCAAGGUCCACGCUGCAGCUGCGCUUGCUCGCUUCCAGGAUAAUCAACGUGAGGAACUGAAGUGGCGUCUCGCUGAGGCUGAUAUCAACCACCGGUUCAUCGAAGACAGCGAGAGUGAUGACGAUGCCUUCGAGUACGACGAAGACUAUGCCGAGGGCAACACGGAGCCAGCCAAAAAGGACAAGCUCCUCGGUGACACAGCCGCCACUCGUAUGAGUGCCGCCAAGUAA